AAAAAAGAGAUGCCGCUGAAUAAGUUGAUUCAAGAUGGAGACAAUCAAGAUUUGACUGAUGAAAGAUUUAAAGCAACAUUCGAUACUGAUGCUCUUGCCGCCGUGUUCCAUGGAGGAGAAGAUGCACUGAAAAGAAUUCGAGAAUUGAGAGAUGAAGUAACCAAGCGGUGGCAUUUAUUUGAUGCUCUUCCAGGUGCUCAUAGGACAAGAGCCGAGAGAAUGGAGGAUGUCAGCAGGAAGCUGAAAAACCUCAUGGAAUCUGUGGGCGAGUUUGCUGAUUUCACCAAUAAUCUCGAUAUGUUGGUUAUCAUUCGAGAUGUAAUGGGCAUUGAAGGAUUUCCAUUGGCUCUUCAUAACUUGAUGUUUGUGCCAACUAUUCAAAAUCAAGCCGACGAUGAGCAAACUGAGUGGUGGCUGAUGGAUGCACUUCAGGGCAAGAUCAUUGGAACUUAUGCCCAAACGGAACUCGGACACGGAACCAAUCUCGGAGCCAUCGAAACUACAGCCACUUACGAUAAGCUAACGGAAGAAUUUAUCAUUCAUACGCCAACUACAACGGCCACAAAAUGGUGGCCUGGAGGUCUUGGAACCAGUUGUACACAUGUCGUCCUUGUUGCAAACUUGAUUAUUGACACCAAAAACUAUGGGCUUCAUCCAUUCUUCGUCCCAAUUCGUGACCGUAAUUCCUAUUCUGUAAUGUCUGGAGUACGUGUUGGAGAUAUUGGAACUAAAAUGGGAGUGAACUGUGUCGAUAACGGAUUUUUGGCCUUUGACAACUACCGUAUUCCAAGACGCAAUAUGCUUAUGAAGCACAGUAAAGUAUCAAAAGAAGGGCUCUACACGGCUCCAUCUCAUCCAAAAGUCGGAUAUACUACAAUGUUAUAUAUGAGAUCUGAAAUGAUUUAUCAUCAAGCAUAUUAUCUUGCAAUGGCAAUGGCUAUUUCAAUUCGAUAUUCAGCUGUUCGUAGACAAGGAGAGAUUAAGCCAGGAACACAAGAAGUUCAAAUUCUCGAUUAUCAAACUCAACAGUAUCGUAUUUUCCCGGGACUUGCUCGUUGUUUUGCUUUUAACACGGCAGCUGCAACUGUUCGUCAAAUGACUGAAAACUGUAUUAAACAACUUUCACAUGGAAACUCUGAUGUUCUUGCUGAUUUGCAUGCUCUUUCCUGUGGACUCAAGGCAGUUGUAACUCAUCAAGCAUCUCAAUCAAUUGAUCAAGCAAGACAAGCAUGUGGUGGACAUGGAUAUUCGGAUGCCAGUUAUUUACCGACUUUGUAUACUUGCUCGGUUGGUGCAUGCACAUAUGAAGGAGAAAACAUGGUAAUGCUACUGCAGCUGUCCAAGUACCUAAUGAAAGCGGCGGCAAAAGCCGAAAAGGGAGAAGAAAUGGCACCAUUGGUUGCAUAUCUUGUAAAACCGGACAUUACCGAGACUAAUGAUAAGUUCGCAAAGAUGCUCAGCCACUUCGAGCACAUUGCACGUCAUCGUGUAAUGCAUGCUUAUCGUCAAAUGAUUGAAGAAGAGAAACAGGGAAUCGAGAGAGAUUAUGCUUUUGCAAAUCAUUCAGUUGACUGGACUAAGGCUGCUCGUGCUCAUACAAAGUUGUUUAUCGCCCGUGGUUUCGUGAAAAGUGUGCAGGAAGUUAGUGAUGAAGCAGUUCAUGAUGUACUUACAACACUUGCUGAACUCUAUCUCUCUUAUGAACUUAUUGAAAUGUCGGCUGAUUUGACAGCUAAUGGAUAUCUUUCCGAAUCGGAUGUCCAACAAAUUCGACAUCAAAUCUACGAUUCAAUGAGAAAAACUCGCCGCAAUGCUGUUUCAAUUGUCGACUCAUUUGAUAUUUGUGAUCGAGAGCUUCGUUCAGUACUCGGUCGCCGUGAUGGACAUGUAUAUGAGAAUCUGUACAAAUGGGCUCAAAUGAGCCCACUCAAUGAGAGAAAUCUUCCUCAUGUUGAAAAGUAUUUGAAGCCAAUGACAAGCAAACUUUAAUUUUGUUUUGAUUUGUAUUUCUACUUCAUUUUUGACUGUUUUAUAAUAAUUUUGUUCACUUUCGAUUCGUGCGGUGUAAUAAAACUUUAAACUAU